UCAUCAAAAUCAGAGCAGCAAACGGGAAGAGGAUAAUAUUCAGAGAGAGAAACACAGAAAAGGAAAAGAAAAUGGAGCCCGGAAUUGUGAUCGGUGGUUUGCAGGACGUCGAGGGAGAUGCUAACAAUCUUGAAUACCAGGAACUUGCUCGGUUCGCCGUCGAUGAGCACAACAAGAAAACUAAUGCGAUGCUCCAGUUCAAGAGGGUUGUGAAUGUAAAGCAGGCAGUGGUUGAAGGCUUAAAGUACUGCAUCACUUUGGAGGCUGUAGACGGUCACAAGACGAAGGUAUAUGAGGCCGAGAUCUGGGUGAAGCUCUGGGAGAAUUUCAGGAGCUUGGAGGGAUUCAAGCUUCUUGGUGAUGCUCAUUAGCUCGGUAAAGAAGCAAAUAACUACAGAGUAUGAUUGAAAUAAAUGAAUUAUUUUGAGUGAAGUUUAUUUUCAAAAUCUGUAUUUUGAUUAGCCGUGAGAGAAUGAAAUUUCAAUAUUAAAAACUGAAAAUUUUUAACUCCAACAAUUGUAUUACUUUUGAAAAUUUUUGGAGUUAUAUUUUCAGUUUUAAAGUUAAAUUUUUAUUCUCUCGUUACUAUAUCAAGUACAAAUUCUGAAAUAAAAUUUCACAAGGGAAAAAUUCAUUUGUUUUAAAAAUAACAUGCUUAUCGAUAUUCUAUUUGUGUGUAGUUAAAAAUGAGAGGUCUCAUUUGAGAUUUAUAUAUGUCAGUAUAUUUAUGUGUGUAUCUACCUAUAUGUUUGUAAAUGUUGAGGGGAAAAUCAUAUGAUAUUUUUCCCACUUAGUAGUCAUAAGAUGUAACCGCUUUAUAUUAUCUAUUUGUGAUUAGAAGCAUAGAUCA